AUGAUCACCAUCUACCUUCUGCUGUCCGGGGACAUCCACCAAUGCCCCGGUCCGACAAAUGGUCUAACAUCAGAUAGCCACCAUAGCAUCAAAUCAAACCACUGUAAGAGCAUCCCAGGAAACUCACAGGUACGCACGUUUACUACAAGCUACAUGUUUGAGCUAAACACUCACCUCGAUUCUCUCAUCUCCCCGGCGAGCGCGGCGGAGCCAGUGAUCGGCGCGGACGUGGUCACCGGUUGGAUGGAUCCAUCAGGGACUAGCGGCGAGUUUACCGGCUGCGCCGCUCUGCCCUCUCCGCCGCACGGGAUGCCCCCGUCGGUCGGGUAUUUGGACGAGGACGCCUUCCGGGUUGGCCGUGGGGCGCUGUUUCACCGGGGUUCAUCGUGCGCAUUGGACUGUGCCGUGUCAGACCCUUUCUACUACGGCAAGUAA